AUGUCCCUAUUCGGUACAUCUCCAGAGGCUCCCUCUGCGGGUGAUCCUGCUAGAUCCAAGUCCUCGCUGUUUGCUGACGAACCGGCUACGGGCGGCUCAUCGUUGUUCGCCGAUGACGACGGCGACGACAAUUCCUCUCCUUGGAAUGCUCAAAAUAACACUGCUAAAAGAACUGCCCGGCGCGACUUGGUUCGGACCUUGCUUCCCAAUACGGAUGUGCCUGAGAGUUAUAUCGACGCAUACGACCUGAUCUUGAACAGCGGGGACAGAGUUGGCUCCGGCAUUGGGUUGACCUCUGUUCGAGAGAUUCUUUCAAGCAGCGGGAUCACUGCAACGGACCAGGGCAAAAUCCUGAAUCUUGUCGCUUCUGGUGAUCAUGAAAGCUUUAGUGGACUCGGUCGCGGCGAGUUCAAUGUGCUAUUGGCGCUGGUCGGCCUAGCACAAGAAGGCGAUGACCUCUCCUUUGAUGCAGUGGACGACCGCCGUAAAAAGUUACCCCAGCCAAAGAGUGGCUACCUCGACCACCUACGAAUGACCGGCGAUGCGAGCUCUGAACAAUCACACCAGCGACCUGAUACCCCUCCUUCCCAGCCUCCUCCCUUGCAAACCUCCGACUCCGCAUACUCGCAAAGGUCACGACGAGAGUCAUUGGGCGGAUUGGAGUCAGAUCCAUGGGGCAGUCCACAAUUACACCGCGGUCACAACCAUGAGACAGGAACCGCCGAACCACGUAUAUUGAAUGGAUUCGGUAGUGUGAGGUCCACAACGAACGCUUGGUCUAGCAAGGCGGUCGAAGACACCACACAAAGCAACAUGAUUCAAAGCGCGCAUUCCAAUGGCCACACGGAGGCUGCGCCGCCUAGCAGUGCUGGGUCUGGAUGGGGGAACAAUAACUUCAGCGGAGUGAGUCCGACCGACGAAAGUAGCUUUGGGGGCACAGUGCCCCCGGCACUAGGUGGAUUUGGUCCUGCGAUCGAUGAGCCUAGCAAUAUUACACCACGGCGUCGGUCCAUUGGUCUCAGCCGACCGACAAACCCACAAAUAGAGGAGAGCGUCACUGUCACGUUGCUUCCUGAGAAAGAGGGCUUGUUCAUGUUUCAACAUCGAAAUUACGAGGUCAAGUCUGCACGGAGAGGUAGCACCGUUAUUCGACGCUAUAGCGAUUUUGUCUGGCUAUUGGACUGCCUCCAAAAGCGAUUCCCCUUCCGGCAAUUGCCUCUUCUUCCCCCAAGCGGGUUUCAGCGCCGACACGGACUUGUCCGAUUCACCAACGCCCUCGUUCGUCAUCCCGUUCUCGGUCAAGAGCAGCUCGUGAUUAUGUUCUUGACGGUUCCAACAGAACUUUCGGUGUGGCGGAAACAGGCCACAAUAUCAGUCCAAGAUGAGUUUGCUGGCCGUGUCCUCCCCCCGGAUCUUGAAGACUCAUUACCCGCCACUCUUGACGAAACGUUUGAGACCGUUCGUGGUGGUGUCAAGCGUUCUGCGGAAAUCUAUAUCAAUCUUUGUACAUUGCUUGAGCGAUUGGCUAAGCGAAAUGAUGGCCUCGCUGCUGACCACCUUCGGUUCUCCCUUGCCCUGCAGUCCUUGACAGAAGUCACCAAAGACACGUAUGCAGUGGAUACCAAUGACAUCCCUUCCCUUAAUGCAGGCAUCACUGCUACUGCCCGGCAUCUGUCUGCCAGCCAAAGUCUAUUGGAGGAUGAAGCCCGAGGGUGGACCGAGGGGGUUCUGGAAGAUCUCAAACGGCAACGUGAUUGCUUGGUCAGUGUGCGCGAGAUGUUCGAUCGGAAGGAUCGAUAUGCACGGAACAACAUUGCGCAGCUGGAACGGCGCAUUGAGACCAAUGAGCAGAAGCUGCAGGACCUACGCGCCCGACCCUCGGGCACAGUAAAGCCCGGUGAGAUCGAGAAAGUUGAAGAUUCUAUUUUCAAGGACAAAGAAUCUAUUGUGCAACAACAUGCCCGCGGCGUCUUCAUCACAGAAUGUAUCCGUGACGAACUCGCCCACUUCCAACAAAGCCAGUAUCACAUUAGCCGGCUGCACCAGGACUGGAGCCAGGAGCGUGUCAAGUACUCCGAACUGCAGGCAGAGAAUUGGCGUGGCUUGAGCGACGAGGUUGAGAGGAUGCCGACGGGCGUUUGA